CGGCCGUCAAGGUCGUGUGAACUGAUUGACCUUGAACUAGCGCGGCAGAAUUUGAAAGACAGUAGACUUUUCAUCAAUCAUGCAGAUGAUUAUCACUCAUGGUGGUUUUUUCUGUCUCUUACCCUGAAGACUUCAUCUCUUACUUCAGUUCCUGAGGGGAUACCUGUCAACCACAAAUAAUCUGGUUUCCUGCAAUGGAUAAUGGAGUGUUUUAUGAUCCAAAACAAAAUAUAGAACGUAUUUUCGAAGUGGAAAGGCUUUUUGGAUUCCCUUCUAAUAAACUAGUAACUUCAAAUCGCGUGUUAGUUGGGGAAGGUGUUUUGACAAAGAUAUGUAGAAGAAAGCCCAAACUGAGACACUUUUUCCUAUUUAGUGAUGUGUUAAUCUAUGGAAGGAUUGUAUUAAAUAGGAAAGUUCUUUGUAGCCCUCAGUUCAUAGACCUCGCUGACUCCUGUGUUAAGAAUGUCGUGGACAAUGGGAUCUACCGGAAUGGAUUUUCAAUUCUCAGUCCAAGAAAGUCUUUCACGGUUUAUGCGAGCACUUCUGAAGAGAAAACACAAUGGGUAAUUCAUCUGAAGAAAUGUAUUUCAAACUUUGCUUCUGGUGUGCAAUACGAUUCAGUUAGAAAAUCUCCAAUAUGGAUUCCGGAUUCAGAAGCAUCUCAUUGUAUGGUAUGUGGUACUACUGAAUUCAGUCUUGUUCAUCGAAGACACCAUUGUCGACAUUGUGGCAAAGUUGUUUGUGAUAAAUGUUCCACUUAUCGUUGGAUACUUCCCUAUCAAGGUUCAUCACGUGUACGUGUUUGUUCAGUCUGUCACACUGAUUUGUCGACAGAGAAAUACAACUCACUCAUUCGUAAUAAUCAACAACAAUAUCAGUGUGGAAAAGAGAAUAAUCUAUUCAAUGUUACCACUUGUGUAACUAACAAUAGAGUUGAUGUUACUAAUGAAGUGGCUGACAAUUGUAUAAUUACUCCAACCUAUCUUGGUGAUGUAAAUAUGAAUAAUGAUGAAUUAAAUACUGAAAGUGAUACAGAUUCAGAUACCGCUGAGGUAUUUGGCUCGAAAUUUGAUUAAUCAAGAGAAUGGAUGACUAUAAAUACUUUUCAUGUUGGUAAAUUAUGCUAGUACAAAGAUGAAUAUAAUGUAAUCCUUCUACGUUGCUCAUAAUUACACACUUGAGAAUAUCAAUCAUUUUUACAAAGAAAAAAACAAACGAAUGGUUAAGUAUCAUUUAUGUAAUAUUUGAAAGGUAAUGAUGUAAUUUACUAUUUAGGACUGGAUAUAUUCAGUCAACAGAAAGAGUUUUGAAAAAUAAGUAUUGGUAGUAUUUUUCGUAACAUGUCGCAAUGUGACCCUGUAAUAAGGAUUUUUGGGUUGACUAGAAGAGGAUCUUCGGUGAAAACGAUUGACUUUUAGAUUUUUACUACUGUAAAUGAAGAAUGUGGAUAAAUUAUGAAAAGCGAGGAUAUAAAGGUUGAUGUAGCAUCAGGUAAGCUUUUUCGAAGUGAAUGACAAGUUCUGUAGCCAACCUUGUAUCGAAAUUUAUCUGCCUAUUACUCAGCUUGAGCAUACCUACGAUUUCUGAAGCAUUCUCGUAAUCGUUUUCAAAUCUUCGUCAAUCCUAUUUCUACCCCUCAACUGAACUAUUGUGAUCUCAAUUAGAUUGAUUCACUCUAACGGGGCUACUGUUAGGAAGAACCAAGGAUCAGCUUUAAUCACAGGAUCCCUGUGCAACUAUCAAUUAACUAAAAAUCUUAGAAGUAUAUUGAGCGUCUGGUUUGGAGAAGGAUUAUGCUGUGGAUAUAGGUUUAUGAUCUCAACUAGGUAUAUCCUUCGGUCAUGUUAGCUUUCCGGGAUACGAUGCAUUUAUUGUUCCCUAGUUAUAUAUUUUCGUCAUUGUUUAGCAAGCACUUCUCAGCUUACGGAAAUGUCAAGGGUCUUGAUAUAGUUUCGCAUCCCAAAUAGCUGGUAAUGUUGUUGACGUUCGAGAUAACACUUCGAUAAGGUUUUCUGCUCCGGUAUCUGACUCCAAUUGAUAUGAACUAAUAAAUAUGCCAUUUACGUAAAUCUCCCGUAUAUUACAUCUAGAUAAUUCUAUUUUAGGCAUUCGUUUACUCAGACAAACAUUAAAAUAAACGAAGGUAAUCAUGCCGACUCGCUAUACUAUGCGUUAAAAGCGUUAAUAUAGCUCAAAACAGCUAAUGUGUAGUGUGGCAAAGAAACAGGCAUGGAUAAGAUAAUGAGUGAUCGACAAGUACACAUAAUGAGGAUAAGCGCAGAAUUACACGGGCAUAAGGAUAAGAUGUAUGUGUGUACUGAAUGUCACAACUCCCCUUUAAAAAACUUAUUAUGAAGGUGAGAAUAACUCAAUGUCACGUGCUGUCCGAGUUAUUAAAGUCUGUUCAAAAGUAAGCUUAUAAUCGUACUAGACAGUACAAAGGUCAAUUUUUAUUGUAAUCUAUUUCAUGUUAAAUUUCAGUACUGUUAACAUGAUAUUGAAGUAACGUCUAUGUGGAGAAGCUUCAGUAUAGAUGGAUAUGAUUAUUGCAGAUUUAUGAACAGUCUCUAGCGUUACCGUAAUGCUAACACCAUACACUCAAUUGACCUUAUUCUUUAGUAAAACACAGUGUGGUUACGUUGACCACUUCAAAAGAAAAUUUCGGAACACAGAAGUCAAGUUAAAGAUUAACCAACAUGAAACUUCUGUUUUCUACGUUGUUCCUGAAGCUUUGAAUCUUACUUCAAAUACGGGGAGUCUGGUUUGAUUAUUAAAAGUCUGAAGGCAGUUUGUCAAAGCUUUCGGACAAUGAUAUCUCACUGAAGAACAUAAUUAUCUUGUUAAAAGUGAAAACACUGAUAACUAUGCUGUAAAAGCUUGAUAUGGAGAAACAUGACGGAGAGAUACUACAAAUCAGAUGUGAAAGUUUGUUGAGGUCGUUAACUGUAACUAAUAGAUUGAAUUAGGACUAGAAUAUCAAUAUUUCUGGGUGCAUAUUUACGAAAUUAAAUUCAGUGAUCAGUACAGUAAUAACAGAAUCAAUCGAACUUGAAUGAAAAUCAAUGCGUACAUCUGGAUUGAAUUAAUAAUAGUAUUGGAUGAUUACCAAAAUUAGAGCUCGAACUGUUCGUUCUACAAUUAUAGAGAAGAAUUUGUUCAUCUAAUGAUAAUAAUAUAUAUUUCCGACAGAGCAGGUUUGAUCUAUAAUUUACAACAUUGGUUCGCAUAAAAGAUGCUUUCCAAUAGGGUUGUUAAAUAGGUGGAAACAGUAAAAAUAAAAGGCAGUACAUUCGUUGCGACCAUAGGAAACGCUCAACAGAACCAAACUCGGAAUUGUUAUGGUAGAAUCCUGGUCCUGCUAAGCAUUUAUGCAAUACAACAAUUUAAGGAUAUUAUAGUAGUUAUAAAGUAGAUAUAAAGAGCGCCUGGCAUGAACUGUGACCUUGGAGGAGGUGUGAAGAUAGGCCUAAUAAACCUAUUUUGUAAAUAGUUUUUGAUAGCUUUUGCAUUUAUUUUGUUUAUUUCCACAAUCUGUACAUUUAUCACUAAACGAUUGUACUUGUUGUUUAAGUAUGUGACCUUGAUAACUAACUUCCUUCCGUUUUUAAUUACACAUAGCACGACAUUGUUAACGGUGCAUUAAUAAAUACACUCUCAUACACAUGUCUCGUUCUAUCAUGCCUGUGGAUAUAAUAACUAAAGUGAUUAGCUAUCAAUUAUAUUUAUAAACUUUUGUGACAUUCCUAUUGCAUUCUACGUCGAGAAAACUGGCUGGAGCCAUAUUUACCUCAUUGAAAUUAUUACUUAUCUAUAAUUGUGGAUCUUUGGUACCAAGCACAACGAAACACUCAACAGCCAGCUAACUUGAGUUCCUGCCUGGAGGAUUUGGUGAUCCCCUGCUAUUAGACACGGAAGCCUGUUAAGCGAAAGCUCCUUCUAUUCCGUCCACAACCAUUUGAACCAUUCGAACCAUUUAAACCAUUUGAAUUAAUCAACUACAAUGGAAAAACAAACUUGUUAAACUUCACCAGGAGAUUAAUGUCUUAAACAGCAUUUGUAAAUACAAAGAAAGAACGUUGCUCAAACACAGCUAAAAGUUAUUCUUUUUGUUCGUUUACAUUGAAUCAUGAAGAUUGUUUGAAUGCUUCACCGAGUAGUUCAAGGUCUGGUCUCGGCCUUUUGCAUUUGCGAAAAUUCCGCCUGAAAUAAAGUUUCUGCUUUAUUUAUUAAAACUUCAAUAAGAUGAACACACUGGCAAAUCGGAAAAAGAAAAAGAUUGAUGGUGGACCAAAUCUUUUAUUUCAAAGUUGGAUAACCGAAGCUAUGGAAAAUGCAUUUGUCAAAGAUGCCAAAUCAUACUAUGCUUACAGAAAGGCUCUUUCUUCACUUAAAAAAUACCCACUAUUGUUACAAAGUGGAAAAGAAUGUAAAAUUUUAGAAGGUUUUGGAGCAAAACUAUGUGAUUUCUUAGAUGAGAAAUUAAAUAAUUACGCUGAAGAUUUGCAGUUAUCAGCAAUAGAAGCGCUACAUUAUGGUAAUAAAAAUAUAAAGGAAUCAAUAAUGUCAUCGAUUAUAACUGCAACUACAACAAAGUGUUGUAAGAUAAACCAGUUGCCAACUGAAAAAGAUGUCCUUCUAAAAGAACUCAACAUUAAUUCAACUGACAAUGAUAUAACUCUCCCAAACCUCAUACAAACAAAUGCAACUCAUGAUAAUGUCACCUCUGAGAUAAUAAACAAUGAAAAUUUGAUUUCCCAAUAUUCAGUCUGUGCAAAAAAGAUUCUGGAAGUAAUUAGAAGUUCGAAGCAUCCUUCAGGGUGUAGUAUGUGUGAAUUAUCAGCAUAUUUUCGAAAUCAUGAACAAAUUGAUCCACAAUUAAUUCAAUGUGAAAUUGAUAAGUUGAUUAAUAUGAAGAUUGUACAGUAUGUUAAUAACUCACCACCAAGGUUGAAAAUAACAGAUGUUGGAUCAAACUUAUCUACUUCAAUGUGCUCUAAAUCAGAAAUAGCACAAAAAGAAACUGACUAUACAACUGAAACAACUUUAGAUUUGAAGUGCUCAAUGGACUCCUCGAUGUCUACUGAUCUAUCUGAAAUAAGCUCUUAUGGAUUAUAUUUCACAUAUGUAGAUGAACAUAAUAAUCCUGUUCAUUUAAAACGAAAUGCACAUCAACGUGAAUAUAAUUUGGAUGGUGAAGUAAACUUACCUGGUUAUCGUAUUCGUUGUAUUUAUGAAGAUUUAAUUAUUUCCGGUGUAUCUUAUCGUAUAGAUUGGAGUAGUUCAGGGUUAACAGAAAACGGCAUAACAUAUACGUAUGCUUACUUACUCGAUCCUAAUGCGCCUAACCUGUGUACAAAUCCUAUAUCAAGUAUAAAAUCUAUCGAUACAACCAAUAGUAGUGCGAUGAUAACUACGUCUUCAACUACUUUCACGUUUAAACCAAUAUCAAAAGUUAAUAACUCAACUAGUCUCGAGACUGGAAUUAAACGAUGCAAAUCUCAAGAAUCUGUUUCACAUAAUGGUCUCACAAGUAAAUCAAGUCGAAACUGUACAAAUUCGGUAGCACCAGAGUCCACAAUGCAACCAAAAUCUCCUACUCACUCACAUCCAAUUUUGACCCGUCAACUAAGUCUACCAGGCACAUCUGAAAUGAUUUCAUUAAAUCGUGCUAUGACCAAGUAUAGCUCACAAACAUCUGGUGAACCUCCGAAUCCACAUAUUAUUAGUACUAGAAACUGUCUGAAUCCUAUCGGUGACGAACUUCAAAAACACCAAAUUUCGUUUUCGUCGUCAUCAUCAUUAACACCUUUUAUCGUUCCAGCUAAUUCUUAUGAAAUUAUUCUUUUGGCUGAUGUUCGUGAAAAUUUCGGGUCGAACAAAGUAAGACAAAUGCUUCCAACUGUAUUUCAAAAGUACAGUAUCAAAUGUGAAUCAAGAGCACUUCCUGUUGGGGAUUUUCUUUGGAUUGCACGAUGGCGAAAUGAAUCAGAUUGUUUAAUGGAAGCUGUACUGGAUCAGAUUAUUGAACGUAAAAGAAUGGACGAUUUAGCACAUAGCAUUGUUGAUGGGCGAUUCAGAGAACAAAAGUAUCGUUUAAAACGUACAGGUUUAUUACAGUUGAUUUAUUUAAUCGAAGAAUGUUCGAUGAUGCAUAAUCAGAAAGUCGCUUAUGAUGUUUUAAUACAAGCAAUUUCAAAUGCACAAAUCAUCGAUGGUUUACAUAUUAUGACAACUAAAAGUCUUGAAGAUACUGUAGAUUUACUCGCUGCACUUUCGCGAAGACUUCAGUCACGUGUUUCAAAUGAUUUGUACGUUAAUCAUCAAAAAUCUAAUGAUAUGCCUUUCAAGUUGAACACUUUAAAUGCAUUGAGUUGGUGUGAGUUUGUCAAACUUGCAAAUAAAUCACCGGAUCCAAGCAUACGUGAUAUUUUCGCGAAACAUUUAAUGCAGAUUCCUGGAUGUUCUGGUCCAAAAAUCACUUCAAUUAUGGAAAAAUAUCCUACUCCCUGCAUUUUAAUGGAUGCCUAUGAUAAACAGCCGACAAUGUCAGGCAAGAGUAAUAUGUUGGCACAGUUGAAACCAGCAGAUAGUAAUCGGUGUAUUGGAACAGCGCUUAGUCAGAGUAUCGCUUUUGCGUUUAACACAUUGUGAUCCAUAUUUUGUACUGAUUUCCCUGUAAAUAUACAUUUAUCUACAAGUUGCUUUCUAAAUUAGCUUAAUUCCUAUACAUAGGAUAAACUUGGCUAUUUGAGAGAUUUUUACAAAUCAGUAAAUUACACAUGGUAAAUAAGUAUUAUUCUCAAUUACAUUCUGAGUUCAAGCAAAUAAACUCGAAUACCAAUACACAUAAAGCUUAAGUUCAAUUCCACUGUUUGUUCUUAACAAUUAUGAUUUUGAAUCAGUACAACUGAGGGCGUGAAAAUAGGAUGUGACUUAUUUAAAUAGGGUAAUAGUCAAUACCAAAGUUACUACACUAUAUGAAGUUAUCUUAUGCACCUGUUACCCAUUCUGUUUUGCUCAAUUAAGCACCAAAAAUAUUUACGGCAAACAGUCGACACUGGGGACUCAAAAUAUAACUUUCAUUGUGUGUUUUUUUUUAAGACCAAUAUAAACAAUACAUUGACUUAAAUAAACAGAAAUCAGUAAUUUAGUGGAUAAAGCGUUCGGUGUUUGAAGCUUACUGGCUCUAAGUCUCCAUGUGAAAAUAAAUGCUAAGGUGCACGUACAUCUAUCUGACAGGUCCUAAAUAAGACGAAAUGCACAUCCUGGAUUGCAUUGUUAGCCAUUAUUUAACUUUAGCAGAACAUAAUAAAAGUUUACGUUUUUUUCAUACAAAUCAUUUUUGAAUACAAAAUUAAAAACAUAAACAGAUUAGUACAAAAUACCCUUUUCCCAUUAUAUCAGCUGGAAUCACUGUCGUCAUUGGUUUUUCUUUUUAGUCUUAUUUACCUUUUCUAGUGAUUCUGUCAGCAUAGUUGGUAAACAGUAAAAGUCUGUUGUUGACCACAGAAAUAUUAUAAAAGAACAGAAUAA